AUGCUCCGAAAGUCGAAGCAUUUCUAUUCUAUUUGGCAACUGAGAACUCCAUUGCGUUUGAGUACUUUUAGACAAGAUUAUUUUAACAAUAGUGGAGUCAAUGAUUUUUUGUUCAAUGGAUUUUGCACAACGGCUGAGACAAUUAGAGGCGAUGGCUCAUACUUUAUUUCAGAGUCAGCUGCACUUCCAGAUUGGGUUAAGUUUUUUGAUGAGGACACAGUUGUUAGCAAAUCGCAGGAUGAUGACUUUGUGCCUCCUUCAAUAUCAUAUUGGAUCAAGAAUCCAGAAGUUCGUGAUCAAGAAACUGAUAUAAAAAGCAUAGUAAAUGAUAUAGUUGAGAGUGAUGUUGAUAAGAUCAGUAAGGUUCUAAAGAACCAGUUUAAAUCCCCUGAUGAGGUUAUGGAGAAAUUAAAUUGCUGUGAUUAUAACAUAUCUGAGGGAUUGAUUGAGCAACUAAUGACGAGAUUCAGCUUUGAGUGGAUACCAGCUUAUGGGUUAUUUAAGUGGGCUGAAUUUCGGGGAGGAAUGACACAUUCGCCAGAUUUGUAUAACUUGAUGGUUGACAACAUGGGAAAAACUAAGAAGUUUAAUCUCAUGUGGGAAUUAGUGGGUGAAAUGAACAAACUGGAAGGUUACGUUACAUUGGAUACAAUUACUAAAGUCAUGAGACGGCUUGCGAAGGCUGGUAAGCAUGAGGAUGCGAUAGAGGCGUUUAGAAAAAUGGAACUAUUUGGAGUAGACAGAGACAUAACUGCAAUGAAUUUAUUGAUCGAUUCCCUGGUCAAGCAAGGAAGUGUUGAGCAUGCAGAAAACGUCCUUUUGGAGUUUAAGGAUCAUAUAAGUCCGACUUUGCGGACUUGGAAUGUGUUAGUGCAUGGUUGGUGCAAAGCUAGGCAGAUUAGUAAAGCUAAGAAGACCAUUGAUGUGAUGAAAACACAAGGAUUUUCCCCUGAUGUGAUUACUUACACUAAUUUCAUUGAAGCCUAUUGUCGUGAAAAAGAUUUUCGCACAGUUGAUGCUACUUUAGAGGAAAUGCAGAAGAAUGGGUGUCGUCCAAGUGUAGUGACAUACACCAUCAUAAUGAAUGCUUUGGGUAAGGCGAAGGAAAUAAACAAAGCCUUGGAGAUUUAUGAGAAGAUGAAGCAGCAACGUUGUUCUCCAGAUGCUUCGUUUUAUAGUUGCUUUAUUAUUGCUCUAAGCAAAGCUGGAAGGCUAAAGGAUUCAUACGAUGUAUUUAAGGAUAUGUCAAAGCAGGGCGUUGCUCCAGAUGUGUUGACCUAUAACACUCUAAUCACUAUUGCGUCCCAGCACUUGCACGAAGAGAGAGCUCUAAAGUUGCUUAAAAUAAUGGAAGACAAUCGGUGCAAGCCAGAUCUUAAUACGUAUGCACCUCUACUGAAAAUGUGCUGUAGACUGAAAAGAAUGAAGAUACUUUCCUUUCUAUUGAGCCACAUGUUCAAGAACGAUGUCAGCAUUGAUCUUGGUACGUAUUCUCUUUUGGUUCGUGGACUAAGUAGGAAUGGGAAGCUAGAACAUGCUUGCUCCUAUUUUGAGGAAUCAGUUCUGAAAGGAUUUGUUCCAAUGGAUUGCAUGUAUAAAAAUCUGGUGGAAGAACUCGAGAAGAGGGGCAUGCUUAAGGAGAAGGCACGAAUUGAAGAAUUGAUGUUACAAGCUAAACGGCAAGGAUAUGGUGAUGACAAUUCAUCAAUAAGCUUGUAG